CACAUACACACACAGAUAUUAUAGAUGAUGAUGACGAUAACGACCAGCCCUUCUGUCGAGAACGGCAUAUGAACGUCCAGUUGUUCGAUUAACUCAACAGCCGAGUCAUUGAAGUAGCGUGUAAGCAGCAGACUAUUCCACAGACACGUGCACGCUUAACGUAAUUUUCACUUACAACCAGCGUGAUACAGUAAGAAGGCUGGACCUUUGAAUUUACAGUUCACGUUUUGGUAGCAACCUGGCAGCAGAUUAUUUUGGCCGAGUUUGUGGAUAUGGACGCUCUUUGGACGGAUAUCAAAGCUACGAUUUGGAGUGAAAAGUUCUGGUUCCCCAAGAAUUUAUCAUGGGAAUCAUUAGAAAACAAAGACGACGGGAUAUAUCAUCCACAACUUGGCGAUUUAUCUUUAGCGUUACCCAUGGCAUUGUUCCUGUCGAUAUUUCGGAUUUGCUUAGAAAGGUAUCUAUUCAGCCCAAUAGGUAGAACACUAGGUCUUAAAGAAGAAAAACAUAUUCGAAUUAUUCAUCAUGAAGCACUGGAGAAAGCUUUUAAGUUACAUAAAACUCCAUGUAAUGGACUUGUACAGGGAUUAGCAAAGCAGACAGAUCUAAGCAUUCGUCAGGUGGAAAGAUGGUUCAGAGGUCGACGGAAACUAGAAAAACCGAGUGUACUGAAGAAAUUUGUGGAAUCUGGAUGGCGUUGUACAUUUUAUUCUGCAAUAUUCAUUUAUGGAAUGGUGAUGCUUUUGGAUAAAGUCUGGCUGUGGAAACCUGUUAAUUGUUGGAUAGGCUAUCCACAUCAUCAUGUGAGCAAUGAUAUCUUUUGGUUUUACAUAAUAGAGAUUGGCUACUACCUCUCCAGUUUGGUGCUUCAUUUCACAGAUGUGCGUCGAAAGGACUUUUGGGAACUCUUCAUUCACCAUAUUAUAACUUUAUUGUUGCUGACUUUCUCAUGGAUUCAGAAUAUGAUCAGAGUUGGUACUUUGGUGCUAGUAAUUCAUGACACUGUUGAUCCCCUUGUAGAGUCUGCUAAAAUGGCGAAAUACUGUGGCAAGCUAGUUAUGUGCGACAUACUUUUUGUUGUUUUUGCUAGCACUUGGUUUAUUACAAGGCUUGUGAUAUUUCCAUGGAGAAUUGUAUAUAGUACAUUGUUCUUGGCUCAUCCAAUUGUUGGUUUCUGUCCUGGCUGGUAUAUAUAUAAUGGCUUGCUGCUUACACUUCAGUUUCUCCAUAUAAAAUGGUUUCUUAUAAUAUGUCGGGUUGCUGUUUAUGCUAUCAGAACUGGAAAAACAGAAGAUCUGCGGAGUGAGACAGAGGAAAAUGUCAGUGAUGAUGAUAACCAUGUUCCUGUUACUCAGAAGUCUGGCUGAAAGCUUACUACAACAGAACCACCUCCUAAAAACUUUAAAAUUUGCCAUUCUCAUUUCUGUCAUUACCUCUUCAACCACCACCUUUACUGCAAUUCCUGGCCAACCUUUACUAAUUCUAACAUUCACCCAAUUUCUCUUAUAACUUGAUUACCUUGAAACCUUUUUUCUUUCUUUCUUUUUUUUUAACAUUCUUUCUUUCACCUAAUACUAAAUUUUACCCACCAUCACUAUCUAUGUUGGUAGUGUUUGAAAUACUCAUCUAGUCUUUAAAUCAGUAUUAGGUAACAGGCCAGUGCUGUUUGCUACACAGUUAGUUAUAAAAAAAAAGUUUGAUUUCAA